AUGGCUCCCUCCAAGAAGAAACCAAAGACCUCAUCGAAGGCGGCGGACAGCAGCACUGGUGUGGAAGCUUCCACGCCCGCGAGCUCUUCCUCGCAAGCGUCGUCGAGCCGCGCUGCGCCGAAGCCUGGGCAGCAGGCACAGCUGUCCGCCGACCACAACAAGGCCGCGGCGGUGUCCUCGCGGCCAAAGAGGAACGCGGAAAAGAAAAAGUACGACGACAGCGAGGACGAUCGACCCCAGCACCUGAGCGCGAAGCGGUCUAAGAAGAAGAAGGGAAUCAUACCGCGAGCCCGCCAUGACCCCGAUUCGCGGAACGUCGCGCGAUCACUCCGGCGGGCAAGGCUCGUGAACUCUGUAGUCCUCUUCGACAAAUACCUGCGUCUGGUGGAGUUGUGCUGA